GUACAGUCCUGGCCAAGAGUAGUAAUUAAUCACCCGAUUCGCAUAACACAAUACAUGUGAUGUGCAGGAAGGUGUUUAAAAUUGUGUGAAUUUCAACAGAAAUUGAAGAUUCGGUCGCGAUCGAUGACUGAAUCCAAGUCAAGCAGGACGCCCACACCGACAGAGAGCAGGUCAAGCACACCAACUGGGAAGAGGGCCGAAGGGAGCCCCCCUGCAAUCAUGUCCCAAUCAUCUCCUCGGCUCCAGAGAGCCAACAGCGCCUCGGCGAGGUUCAACUUCCAUUCUGUUCACAAGAAGCAGAAUUCGGUUCCAUUGUCAGGCCUCACUUCUGCAGUUCAGGCAGCACAGUCGACGCGAGAGUCAAGCCUGUCCAACUCCUACGAGGAGAUUGGGAGCCCAACUCUACCCAAAGUUUCCCCGCAGGCACCAACCAUCGACCAACUUCUGUCGGAGAUUGAACAAGAGUGCCACGGUCCCGACUACAAAUACAGCCCCCCUGCAAAUGCUUCCCCCAGGGGGCCCUCCGAAGCGGUCUGGGUCUCCCCCUGCAAAUUUAGCCCCCCGGAGGGUAGACAGGGGUUUUCUCAAGACGCUUGGGUGUAUCCCUACGGUUCGAUGACCCCGAAUAUCAGUACCAGGAAAUUGCGGAGAAACUCGUUCCAAGAUGUUCCGUUCCACCAAAAGAGCGCUUCACUGGAUGGGUACGAGACACAGAGAGACGGGGGAGGAGGAUUUUCGAUCAGCUCAAACGUGAGCUACUUACCGCCUCAUGAGAUGAGGGCCGUUCAGAAUGCAGUCGACAGAACGUUUGAAGACUACGAGACGAUUCCAUACCACCCGUCCUCUGACGAUGACACCUACGUCUACAUGGCUCCCAGCAGUCCACAACCAAGUCAUUCCAGUCAAGAAGGCAAUGGAGACUCUAAAUCAAGGAUACCAAAACGAGCUAUAAUAUGCAGCUCGCCGGUCGUGCCUGAACAGAGACAUGAGCCUAACGUGUCUCUCACACCAACCAAAAGCAUCCUGUCCCAGCCGGCGCCUCUCCACCAAUCCGAGAUAGACCGCUAUCUCCAAGAAGAGUUGGAGACCAUGCGAAGAGCGUUCCACAUACGGCUGACGCAGCUCGAGAAGCGAUACCAGCGGCAGCUGUGGAUGACGCAACAUCAGCAACGAAACUCCACGACAGCCGUUCCCACAGAUGUCCAGCUCCGUCCGGCCAGAAUGGGGAACUCCAUUCACCGGCGAAGCAGCUGGCACAGCUGUGUGUCCGAUUCCGACUACGAAGACCUGGAAUCGGGACACGUCGCAGUGCAACGCUCCGGGUCCUCGCAGGGGUUCGAUUCUGAUUGCAAUGCAGAGAGCGACAAUGAAGGGUUCGACCAAUUAGCUGAGAGAAUUGAGUCACAUGACCACACCGAUGGAACGAUAACACCCCAAGAAAUGCCAUUCAGUGGGAGUCAGUUCCAGAAGAAUCUUCAGCGGUCGCAAUCACUCGCUGUGAAUCACACGCCAUCGAGAGUGAUGGAGGGGUUAAAAGGGGGAGCCAGAAUGUGGAACGUGGAGCAGGGGAACGGGGCUCGGGCCGGGCCUCAGCUCCCUCUGAUGCAGGAAGCCGGGGAGGUGGAUAGAGGAACGCUGCCGCCACGGGCGAAGGCUCUCGUCAACGAGAGAGUCAGCGAACACAGAGGCAGAAUCCUCAGAUACUUUCAGCAGGUCUCGGAGGCCAAGAUAGCAGCCGUCGAGAGGCAGUACGAGGCUCAGAUGGCCGAGAUCGAGAACCGCUACCGGUCUCAGGCAACGGAGAAACUCUACCGUCUCGAAACCCGCGUGAAAGACCUCGAGAAAAUGCUGGAGGUUGAAACAGUCGUAUGAACAGUUUCAGUGUUUGGCACUGUAUCGGCAGAAUCAUUUUCAGUGUUUUGUCAGAUUGUUUGUAUUGAAACUGUUGUUGUUGUUUUUG